GUCAACACUGCAAAGCAAAUAAUAAAUUCCAAAUAAAUAGAUUGCCAACAUAAUUAAAAAUAUAUACUUAAAAUGCAAAUUUGGAGUGUUACAGCGAUUAUUUUGCUAACAUGUUCAGUUCUGCGAGCGAAGGACUCAGCUGAUGCGGUCAGUUCAGAGAAUAUAACCGAGCUCUUGCUUCAAGCGAAACAAUAUGAAGACGAAAUUCAGCAGUACGAAGAAAUAGCAGGAGUAUUGGAAAAAGAAAUUAGUGAAAAUGUAAACCAGAUGAAUACAACUAAUAACAAAGAAGAGCUCGAUAUCAUACGAAAUCAGUUGAGGCAGUUCGAAGAACUAGAAAAUAUGUUCCAAAUCUAUAGAGCUGCGCUUUUGAGAAUAGAGCCAACGUUAUGUUUACCCGAACAUAAACUGAGCGGAUCCUAUAUGAUCGACGGCUCGUUCGAAGCAAGCUGCGAUGGGGAUAAUAUUGCCGGACCCGGCUGGACAGUUAUACAUAGACGUAUUAAUAAUAAUUUGAUCUUUCAACAAAACUGGAGCGCGUACGAGCGCGGAUUUGGUGAUAGCUCAAACAACUUCUUCAUUGGCCUGCGAAAGUUGUAUCAAUUGACAAGCCGUAAGCCCCAUGAGUUGUAUAUACGCCUCGAAAACCAAAUGGGCGAGACACGCUAUGCGCUCUAUAGUCAUUUCGAGAUUGCCGACUACAAAGAGAACUAUAAAUUGAAACAAUUGGGUGGUUAUGCUGGCAAUGCUGGUAAUGCUUUAAAAUUUGCUCUAAAUCAGCCAUUUACGACAUAUGACAGCCUAUGUUAUUGGUAUCAAGAUAAGAUCAAAACAAAUGCCAAUGUUGGCUGGUGGAUGAGUUGCCACCUUUCGGGUGCAGAAAGCAAUUUGAAUGCACAGACGAGCCAAUGGCAUACCUGGCCGGAGACUUUUAGAUCUGUCGAAAUGAUGAUACGUCCGCAAUUGAUGUGCCCCAAUGCACUUGAUAAUGCAAAGAAUCAUUGGAAUUCCAUUAUAUCCUGUCUUUUCAAGAGAAAUUCCUAAUGCGCCGUCGUAUACAUAGCUCAGCAGAAAAUAUGUAUUUAAUAUAUUUAUAUAUUAUAAAGCUCAU